CUGACUGACUGAUGAUAUUGCUAGCGCUCAGCACAGACUUAGAUUUUUUUAAGCUUGCGCCCUCACUCAUGAAAUAUUUACCAGGCAGGCUUUCCUCUCAUCAGUCAUGGAGGAAGACGACCCAGUAGUGGAGGAGGUCGAUGUCUUCUUGUCAAAGAGCCUAGCAGAUAACCUGUACCUCUUCCAGUACCCGGUGCGACCAGCUUCUAUGCCCUACGAUGACUUUGAUCGUGAUCUUGUUCGAAUCAAACCUGUUCAACAGAAAGUUGAGAUUGAACUAUUGAUGGAUACAAGCAAUGAGAACUAUUCACAUAGCAAAGGUGAACAGAUUGCUCGCAAUGUUGAUGGUGCUUUUCCAGGUGAAGGCUCGAUCUUCAAAAGCGGUAUUAUGAAUAAACAAUUUCUAACAUCCUCUAAUGCUGUGGUCCCCUCUGAGAUUCAUCGCUAUGCUGUUGGCAUGAUCCAAGAAGGUGAGCUACAUUUGACACCCCUCCAUGGCAUACUUCAACUUCGACCUAAUUUCAAGUACUUGGAUAGAGCAGACAACAGGCUAAGAGAAGAAAAGGCAAAUAUGGAGGGUGAAUCUUCUCAAGAUGAGGAAGAGGCUAAGCCAAAGGCGGUGACUGUCCGGUACACACGAGCAGAGACAGAAGAAUCAAGGGCGCGCCGAGAAGCCUCAUUUCAGUACAUUGAAGAGAAGAUGGCCCAGGAAGCUUGGUCUAACGUUGAGUACCAGAACCAUGAUAGCCAGGAAAGUGUUACUGAUCGAAACAAGUUGAUAUGCCAGUCAGAUGAUCAAGAGGUCUCCCAGCUGUACCUCUCUCACAAAGAUUACUUAUCGACAUUAUUAGCGCAACCAGAGGCUGUAGAAGAGAGAAAGCAGACGAGUCAGACAGAAGAGCUUUCUCUUGUGCAGCUGCGGACAUUGGGUCUUGCUGAUCAAGUCCGUCUGUUACUGGUCAAUGCUAAAUUACUGAUAUUCAGUGACAUCAUGAGGUUUGUACAUGGUUCUCCUGACACUACAUCUGUUCUGAAAACUUUACAAACUGUUGCUGUGCUGGUGCAAGGAUGCUGGGUGGUAAAAAGUGAGGUGCUAUACCCUAAGGACACCACUAGUCCAUUAAGUGGCAUCGCAUCUGAAAUUCUUUGCAGGGGUCGAGAUUACAUGCUUUGGCAUUUUACCCAGAAUUCCUGUAUCAUAAGGAAAGAUCUAGCUGCUAUUAUAAAGCUACCAGCUGAUGAUGUAAAGGAAAUUAUGUCGCACGUGUCUCGCCCUGUAGCCCGUCAAGGCUGGGUGUUUUUAUACAGCACAGAUGAACACUUCAUUAACAGUUUCCCUGAUGUUGUACAGAGACAGAGGAUGCUGUGGGAUGCAAAACUACAACAUUUAGCAAAUCGCUCUCGACCCCGUACGAAGUCGUUGUCAAAGUCGGAACCAAUGGAUGUUGAUAGUCCAACAAACCCACAAAUAGCAAACCACAAUUCCUCGGAGAAUGUUGCAGCACGAGCAUUGAAUGUUGAUGACAGUGCAGCAGUAGCUUCCGCUGGUGAUCCUUCUAGCGACCUCCACACUCAGCAGUUGAAACUACAGGAAUUUAUACGGCAGAAAUUACUUGCCAACUCCAUCCUUUCACUGACCGAUCUGAAGAAACUGGCAUUGCUGAAGGUGGCGCAGAGCUUGCCGGGGGAGAUGAGUGUCAGUUUGUCCGACUUCCAGGUUGAACAAUGUGCAAUUAAAGCUGGAGCAGUUCAUGUCAACGUGGCAUGGCCUCCAAACUACACAGGAAAUUCCAAGUUGUUUACUUUCAGGAAAAUAGGCGAUGACUUUGAUGAUUUUAGAGGAGUUUUACUAGAUAUGUACUUGAAGGAUUUCAAACACCGUAGAAAUAGUAUUGCGGACAAGUUCCGAGAAGUUUUAGGAAAAGAGCCCUCUACCAAGGCAGAUUUUGACAGGGUAGUUAAGGCAUUGUGUGUGUGUCGAGGCCAAUUUUGGUAUUUAAAAGGAACAGUGCCAAGUUGAUGAAAGCAUGAUGUCUGCAUAGGAUACGUGACCAAAAAGAUAAAAUUCCCAAUCUAGGAACGAGAAUGGAUUACAAUUGCAAUAAUAAUAAUAACAUAAACUGUUUUUCAAAAAUACCUUGUCAAGGAGGUUACGUAUUUACUGCUGUCUGUCUGUUAACAAUGAAUGGAUCAUUAAAUUUAGUGGAAUGGUACAUAAUAAUCAAAGAAAGACAUGGAGUGACUGCUCUACAGAUGGAUUACUUAAAAUAUGCAAUGUUUUUGUUUUUGAGUAAUUAUCAGAUGUUGGCCUACAAAUGAAAAUGAUAUCUGUUAACAAAUGGUUCUCUUUGGCACAGUGCUUCAUACAGUAUGCAAUGUUAAAUUGAAUUUUCCACAACUUGACAUCAGAAUUUGUAAUACUAAAA